ACAAGUCCAGCUCCAAGGAUUAGAUUUAACCCCACAGUUCCCAAUAUUGUUCUCUCAGAACACAAGGAUGUCAAGAUCAAUUGCACCAUUGUUGUGCCAAAUUUAAACAGCGGAGAGCAAAUAACGUGGUGGAAAGAUGGAAAUUCAAUUCAACAAUCUGACCGAAUCUCUGUGCAGUCUUUUGAAAUCCAAGAUAUAACGGUGACAUCUAUGGUAUCUUCAUACAGCAUUACAGGCGUGAUGCGAUCUGAUAAUGGCACAUACAACUGUAAAUUAAGAAUUGAGGAUGAAGAAAUAAUUUCAGAUCCUAUCUACAUUCAAGUGGAAGGACUUCCACAUUUCAUUCAACAGCCAGAGAGGUUAAAUGUCUUUAGAAACACUCCAUUCAAUCUCACCUGUGAGGCUGUUGGCCCCCCAGAACCUGUCGAAAUUUAUUGGUUCCGUAACAGCAGAAAAAUCAAUGAUAUUCCCGAAGUGUCACCAGCAGUUCUUAGUGUGUUGGGUUUGGAUGAACCAGUAAUAUACAGUUGUGAAGCACAUAAUAAGAAAGGACUGACUGCUUCCAAUAAUGUGAAAAUCAACAUUAAAGAUUUUCCAUCUCCUCCGGUUCAAGUCAAUUCUACUAAGCAAUUAGCAAAUGGCAUCUUUGUUUCCUGGGUCCCUGGUUUUGAUGGGUAUUCUCCUCUAAGUCUCUGCAACAUACAGGUGACUGAACUUUUACAAGGCAACAGUACAUCUUCUAUGAUAUAUAACACAUCUGUACCACCUUACACACAUCUGAUCAGCCAUCUGAAGUCAUUUACAGAAUACAAUAUUAGCGUUUCCUGCAGGAAUGAAGUAGGCUGGUCAUUGUCAAGCCCAUGGAUUGUUGCCAGAACUGCACAAGGA